AUGGCUGAUAAAGACUAUUUUUCCUUUAAGCAGGAUGACGGCUAUGAUGAGCUGACUAACGCAGCCAUCCGUCAGAGGCAUAAGUCAAGAUUGAAAACUUCUGGUACCAUCAACGCCCCUACCAGAUCUUUUUCGCCUUCUCGACAAGCGGUUCAGCCUCCGAGGAGUCCAGGUUAUCAUACAGCAAAUUACCUGAGGAGCCCUCCACCAAUUUCGGGACAUUCCCCGUUGAAUACAUUAAAGAUAAGUACGGCUGGGAUGAAGCAAGCCGUCAAUGCGUUAUCUCCUCCAUCUACGGGUUCUUCCGCAAAAUCCAGUAGGAAGCCGUCACUGUCUGGGCCAUCGGGAGGUAAGCAGAAUUCACCUGGUAACACGCAUCGCUCUAACUCUGUAAGUAGCUCCAAGCCUUUAGGGAGCACUUCCGAAUUGAACAAUACUCCAACACUCGUUCUCCCCCCCAACUUAGCGUCUCUGAACUCUCACAGCACAUCGAAUAUUUCUUCUCCCCAAUUUCAGUCAGCUCAGCAAACAAAUGGAACGACUCCGUCCGCGCAUCUGGAGCAGAUAUCUUCUUCUUCCUCUAACAGGUCGGGAAACAAUAGUGCCAGUAGUACAUUGCGAUCAUUCAAGCCCAUUCAAAAGCAAUAUGUUUUAAAUGAACAGCUCUAUCUUAACAAAAUGAAAAACAGUAACCUCGACGACUACUACACGAGAGGUAUUGCUGCAUCAAUCAAUGACGACGAUGAAGAAACCGAUUUAGAUGCCGACGAAACUGAUAAUGAUGAAAGCGCGUUUGGCACCAACUUUUUCACCACUACAGAGAAAGGCGGGACCUUGACUUUUGAUGAUGAGUUAGUAAGUAUUAGUACCAGUUAUCUGUUGAGCAGAAUGGAAUGGCUUCGUGAAGCAGAUCCUGAAAAUCCUGAUGUUUUAAGCAUGUUGGGCCAGAUACAGAGAACUUCUGGGGGCAAUGGCACCGUCAUGUGUCAGGCUUCAUCGACCUUGGCCGUAAGUGAAAAAGAGUCCCAGUAUUAUUUGGCAAAAAUUUCUCGUAAUCCUCUCGUUAUGGAAAGGUUAGAGUGGCAAACAAUGCUGGCCAAUGUCUUACGAGGGGAUAUUGUCAAGAGUGAAAAGAGCAAGAUAGCCAAUCAAACUAGACAAAUAGGUUUCGAUUCUCAAUAUGCAGAUGAACUCUGGCUAGAAUUGAAAGCAUGGAUGAACUGCCGCUCUGUAGAGGAUGAAUCGCGAUCUCUAGAGUACCUAAAAAGCUCUACGGAUUCACUUUUCGAGGAAAUUAUGGCUCUUCAUUUUGAUGACGAUACAACCGUAAAAGAGGCUGAAGACAUUUUGAAACCUUUGGCUGAUCAAUUUCAUAAAGUUACAUCAUACUGGAAGAAUCUACAGCAUAUGCAUUACGAAAAAUCUUUAACCGGGAGUGAGGAAUUUGGCCAGCGUAUUGCGGCGAUGAAUACAUUCUUAACUCUCAAGCAUGCGUUUGAAUCAGAGAUUCAAACACUCAAAGAUUGGACAGGAAAUGACGCGCUAGACGUUCAAUUUGCCUCAACAAUGAACGACAUCGAAGGACUGUACAAGAAUGAUCGGCCAUUCGCAGAAAAAGUCCUCAAGGAAAGAGAUAUUGAAAGUAUUUUCCAAAAGAAAAUCUUUUUCAGACAUGCCCCAUGGAUCUUGAAGGCAAAAGUAGCCAUGUUUACACUGGCUCCAGUUUUUGAGAAGAUGAACGUACCUCUGCUAAAUAAAGAGCUGGAAAUUCUUUUGAUGUUUCCACUCAAGCUGGUUCAAGAAAUUAUAAAAAUUAGGUUAGAUUACGCCAGGAAAUUGAAGAAUCCAACGAUGAUGAUGAUUGACCAGAUGAUUGAUGACUUUAGCUCCUAUAUUAGAAUAUCUGUUCAAAUCAAGCACACGGUAGUUGUUUAUUGUUCAGACUGGAAUUUUGGGAAACAGAUAGAAAGUUCUUUCGAUGAUAUGGUGAAUGAGGCAAUUCGAUACCUUUUCAAACUUCUUCAUCUGAAACUACUGGACAGCGCCAGAAAGUCUUUCAAGACAUUUAAGGAACCCGAUGAAUUACUAAAGCAUUGGGAUCAACUGAAGAAUGUGGGUUGUUUCAUCUGCGGGGCAGGAAAAGUUAUUGCUGAAGGAUUUGUUCAGUUGACUUUGAGGUUACUAAACAGACUUCACUCAUAUAUUCUUCGAGAACAGAAUAAUCCACCAAAGUUUGAUAAAGAGACUGAUGUUGAUAAAUGGCUUAUUCAAACAAUGGAGAAUAUUGGAUCGUUUAAAAGAAAAAUUAACAGAUUUUCUAAUGUGUUAACCAAAGCAUUUCAGAAUUCAGUAAACUACAAAGUUAAUGAUAAUAAAGAAUUACUGAAAAAUCUUAAAAACUCUGGACACUUCCUUUUAUAUACGGGUGGAGAACUGGAAAAGAAUGGGAUUUAUUUGUUCUGCAGCGGUGAGUUAUUAGGUUCCUCCGACGAAGAUAUAUUAAGAAUUUUGCAUAAUACUGAAGUGGGCUCGGACUUGAUACCAAAUGUCGAAAUCGACAACAGUCUAAGUGUGUAUAAUGCACUUGAAAGUGGAUGGGAUCAAGAUGCUAUUAUCUAUCAAGAAUACGGAUCUAAUGGUAUCGCCUAUUAUCAUGUGCAGUCGGAUCAGCAUAUGAGAAAUCCACUAGCAAGGACAAGAAGGAAAAUGAAUUUGUCUUCCAAUAAUAUCUAUGAGGAUGUGAAAAGUCAAGAAGAUGAAAUGUUUGAACUCGAAAUGAAAUUAAGAUCACUCGGUUAUAUUGUAGCGGUUUGUCCACAAGAGCCCAUCUUGUGGGAAGGAGAGAUGUUGAAUCUUUCUGAAGGUAUAACAUUAACCAUGAGCGAUUUUGAUGUGAAGAUAUCACCUGAUACACUCAUUCUUCUUAACCAAGGGUCCACUUAUGCCAUGGAGUAUCAAUGUGAUAAAUUCCAACAUUACGUUGGUGAUUCCGUUUCUUUCAGUGAAAGAAGAUGCUCUAUUCAUAGCAUAGAGUAUACUCUCCAAAAAAUAAACAGAGCAUAUUUCAGAAUGACUUAUUCUGUGCUGUCAAAUUUUCCAAAAAUGUUGGAUACAGUACAGAGGCAAUAUCGUGGUAACGAAACGUUGAACAACCUCUUCAUUUUCUGUCGGGAUUUUGCUCGUAACUUUCUCAGGUUAAACGUCGCAACAUAUGAGAAAAAAUCUAUGAUUAUCAUGUUAAUGCUAAAAAUUAGUAUCGGUUGGAUUACUUUCUUAGUGGAUGAUUGCGAUCCAACUGAUUCGCGUACUUUUAGAUGGUGUGUUCCUGCUAUGGAGUUCGCCAUGCAAAUGACAACAGGAUGGAAUAUUCUAGGUUUGGAUGAAAAUCAGUUUAGCACGCUUAGAGAAAAAGUGGCAAGCUGUAUGUCAUUGCUAAUCUCACAUUUUGAUAUUAUGGGGGCAAGAACUCAUGAGGCGGAGAAGAUGAACAUGAAGUUGUUUAGGUCAACCAUGAAAGUAUGUGAAGAUGAUGACGAUGCUAUUCUUGCAUUGAACUCUCAAGUUAGGCUCAAAGCUAUUCAUGAACUUGAAAGGAGAGUGAAAAGCAAUCCUCGUCAAAUUGGAAAAGUUUUGGACGGUACUGAUAAAGAAAACAAAUUAUUGUUGUCUUUAGCGUCAUCGUUUUCUAAUGUCUCCAUUAGAUGGCAAAAGCGCCAGUUCAUUGGCGGGGGUACGUUUGGUACGGUUUUUUCAGCGGUAAAUUUGGAUACAGGUGAUAUAUUGGCGGUUAAAGAAAUCAAAAUUCAAGACAGGAAGUCUCUUGAGCAAGUUUUUCCUUCUAUUAAGGAGGAAAUGACCGUUUUAGAGAUGUUACAUCAUCCUAAUAUUGUGCAAUACUAUGGUGUUGAAGUUCACAGAGAUAAGGUUAACAUUUUCAUGGAAUACUGUGAAGGUGGUUCACUGGCUCAGCUUCUUGAGCACGGCCGAAUCGAGGAUGAGAUGGUCACGCAAGUUUACACCCUGCAAAUGCUAGAGGGUUUGGCAUAUCUUCAUCAGUCGGGAGUUGUGCAUCGCGACAUCAAGCCGGAAAAUAUACUUUUAGAUUUCAACGGGGUUAUAAAGUAUGUCGAUUUUGGUGCUGCCCGUUCGAUUGCAGAAAAUGGCACAAAAGCUGUCAAUGUGGUCGAAGGGAAAAAUGAAAGUAUCAAUAGCAUGAUGGGUACGCCGAUGUAUAUGUCACCUGAAUCUAUUACAGGCGCCGUUAAGGGAAAGUUUGGUUCCGACGACAUAUGGUCUCUGGGUUGCGUUGUAUUGGAAAUGGUCACAGGUAGACGACCAUGGUCAAAUUUGGAUAAUGAAUGGGCAAUAAUGUAUCAUGUCGCCGCGGGCCACGUUCCUCAAUUUCCUAAUAAGGAUGAGAUUUCUCCUAGUGGUCGUAACUUUUUGUCAAAAUGUCUAACGCAGGAUCCAAACAACAGAUAUACUGCCAUGGAGCUUUUAAUGGACCCGUGGAUUGUUGAGAUACGAAAAUUAGCUUUCGGACCAGAAGAACAGGUCGCUGAUGUAGAUAGUGUGCCUCAGGAAAAUAAAUAA